UUUUCUUCAAAAUCAGUCAGGAAGUAACACAGAGGAGGGAGAGACAGGUCAAUAGUACUCGUUUUAAGUUAUUCCAGUAGCUUGUCAUUAAAACUAGUCACGGAGUAGUGAUAGUAAUUGAACCGCACAGUCCAGAUAUGUAAUUAAAUAACUAACGUUUACAUAAAUGGCGAGGCCAUGUCAUAGUUUUGGUUCGCUAAUAGCUAUUGUAGUUUUCUUAUCUGUUUUUAACUCUGUCUGGCUGUAGUGAUAGUGAACGUAUAUUGACAGAAUGUUUUAGACAAACCAUGCGGAAAGAGAAGCUUUCGGACAUUCGUGGACCCGCAGCAGGUGACGGUGAGAAACAGUGGCUUCAAUGGACAGAAGCAGAGCUAAAGGAACAGUCCCUGAUGAAGAGGAUGGAGAACAGGCAGACGGGUCCGAGGAUGAAGAGGUGGAAAUGCCAACAUCCCAUGCUGGAGUGCCAGAGACUUCUGUGGACACUUUGGUUGUGAGUUUCUGUACAGAACUUCAUCAGGAUCAGGACAAACUAAAGAAGAAGACUGAACUAGGUGAUGUGAUAGCUGAAGGCAGAAUGGAGGUCCUGGGUCCAGAGAUGGAGGAGACCUCACCUGCUCCAUCUGUGUCUCCCAUCAGCCUCAUGGACACCUGUGCGCCCUCCAUAUCCAGCCUCUCCUCUGCCUCAUACUUAUCUUCCAACCACCAUCGUAACAAUGUUUCCUCAUCUUCGUCCUCUUCUUCUGUCUUAUCCCUAACUCCUCCCUUGCCUCCCUCUGUGGAGCUCUCAGCUGUGUUGACUGACACCAGGCUGUCCCUGGAUGUGUACCUGGGAGGAGCAGCUGCACUGUCCCUGCUGUGGACAUCCAUCCCAGAGCAGCUGAGCAGCCUCCAGUACCUGAGACUGGGCUCUGAAGAUAAAGCAGGGCUGGACGGUGCCCUGGAUGUUCUGCCUCAUCUGACAGAGCUGCGCUCACUGGCUAUAAGGGGACACUGCUUUUACGACAGAGGUGAUCCUCUGCCUGGCUUACUCACCACUUUGCCCAGAGAUUUUUCCUCCCUUUCUCAUCUCGUGCACCUGGAUCUCUCCUUCAACCAGCUCACCUGUCUGCCAUCCUCCCUGCUCAGCAUUUCCACGCUGACAUCCUUGCUCCUCUGUCACAACCGCCUCACAGCUCUGCCUCCUGAUAUAGGCCUGUUCCCCUCUCUCAGCUACCUCUCCCUCCUGGGAAAUGAGCUUGUUUCUCUGCCUGCAAGUGUGGGUCAGCUGAAAGCACUUCACACUCUGGAUGUUUCACAUAAUUGCCUCCAGCAUCUACCGGAUGAAAUCGGUUCCCUGGUGGAGCUUGUUAAGCUAGAACUGUCCUACAACAAGUUGAAACAGCUGCCAGAGACCAUGGGUUCUCUCCUUUCGCUCAGAGAGCUUGUUAUCUACAGCAAUGAACUCCGUCUGAUCCCAGACUGCCUAAACGAACUGCCUCGGCUGAAAAUCGAUAAGCGUGACAAUCCUUUGGGACAACCGCGAACCCCUCCACCUUUGUCUCCUACACCUGAUCGACCUGAAACAUCAAUCCCAGAGUUGCACCUUGGAUUUAAUCAACACAGUUUCUGUGUAUCGUCUGCUGGAUGUCAUGUGUUUCUCCCAGGGGGGGCUGAGCUGCUGUUCCCCCCAGGCUGUGUGGUGACAACCACAAGACUGGAAUGGAUUGAGAAAAGGCCAGAGAGAAAGUGGGUGUGGUUGGAGGAGCAUGACAUCCUACUGAGUCGUCCUCUUGAGCUUCGGCCACAUGGAAUCAAAUUUCUUAUGCCUGUGGAGGUUUGUGUGCCAUACCAUCGAACAAAAAGAAAAGAGGUGGUUGUGCGCAAGUUUGAUGGACAUUCAUGGAUCACUCUGCCCACUAAUCUCAGGAGGGGGAGCGAGAGCCAUAGCAGUCACCCUGGAGGUCAUCUCGCCAGGCUGGCGUGCUGCUCCGUAAGCCAGUUCUCCUGGUUUAUGGCAGUAUCCCGUCUCGUGAAGGACACUUGCUCAGUUACACCUACUGGAGCCCUGCUGGUUUCCAGCUCUGACCCUGGAGUCAAGCUCCAUUUUCCUCCAGACUGCACAGUGCAGACACGCACCAUAAAUUUACAGGUGCUGGAGGUGUCUGUGUCAGAGGUACAAACACUGUGUGGUGAUCCUCAGGCCAGAGUCAGCCCUCUCCUCUGCCUCUCCCAGUCUCCCAACACACAUUUCCUGCAGCCUGUCAAAGUCCAGAUUCCUUUGCCACCUGGAGUCACAGGCCAUACAGUUGAUAUGACCUGUUUGCAUCUGCUUCAUGGAGACCCCACUGCCCAAACCUGGACUGACAUCACAACACAGGUGUCACUCCACAUCACCCAUGUGUAUGCCAUUUUCUAUAUAACACAUUUCUCCUGGUACUGGCUGUGGUACACCACUCGGUGCUAUGUUAGUGGGGUGGCCAGGAAGGUCUAUCAAAGACUGAAGCAGUUUAAAGUCCAGUUUCUUGUCCUCCAGCGGAAAACUGACCCUUCACAGGUUUUGCUGCAGUGUUUACCUGUUAACAAGGUGGAAGGCAGAAUACAGUCUUUGUCAGAGCAGUAUGAUGGACCUCAGCCUUCAGAACUCUGUGACUUACUCGAAGGAGAACAGUUCUUUGCCGGCUUUGAAAGGGGCCUAGACAUCAGCACAGACAGACCAGACUGUGUGCAGGGACGACUUUGUUUCAUGUUUUACUCCAGUCUGAAGAACCUGAAGGAAGUGUACAUCUGUCCAACAGAAGGACAGAAGGGACCAGUGAGGGGACAAGUAUCAUUUUAUAGAGGGGAGAUUCCCAGCCACCUGCCAGAGGAAGUGGUGCGAAAGAGGAAAGGAAAUGAUAGCCAGUGGCUUGCAACUUUACCACUAAGACUUCCUGCCUUAAACUUGGACAAUAGCUACUGCACCGAAGAGCUCCAGCAUCCUCCUCUGAACCUGGGUGACCCGGAGAGCGGCUAUCUGACAGAAGCCAACCUGCUGUCAAUUUCUCUUCAGAUAGGACAGGACUGGCGUGUUAUUGGCAUGAACCUUGGCUUAAGCUACCAGGAGUUGGACCGCAUUCAGUAUAAGCACAGGGACAACCUGGCAGCGUUGGUGCUGGACAUGCUGUUCCACUGGGCUCGGGGACAAAGUAAUACGGGACCUGGGGUAGUAUCAAAGCUGGUGGCCGCUAUGAUGGAGAGUGGCAGGAGAGACAUUGCGGAUGAGAUUGAGGAUAUAGUCAGUAUAGGACGGAGAAAGUACUCGCAGUCUCUGCGGAGACUGGGCCUGGAAGCAGAGAGCUCAUCCCUCGAAGAAAACUCGGCAGCAGCUGAGCCGUAGCUGGUUACAGAUGGCUGUCUUACACUUGAGCGAUCCGUUUGUUUAGAAUGCGCCCCAUCAUUUCAUCCUGCUGUUGCAACAACUGUCUGGGAAUACAAAACUCUGUAGUUAUGAUUGUCAGCUACCAGCUGGCAGCACCUUUCAUAAACCUGGAGAACAACAAGAAAAAUGGACGGACAUCUGAGGAUGAUAUCCUGUCACUCCGUUCCCCUCUUUACACGUUUUUUGUAUUAUCUUUGUAUGUAAGACCAAAAUGUAGCAGCGUAUUUCUGCCAGGAGCAGAAAUAAUUAUGUGACAUAAUGUUUUAUUAAAAUACUGAAGGCAAGCCAAAUGUAGGAGAUAGCAGGUGACUGUAUCAUACUUUAGUUUUAUUGAGUAGCUCAUAAUCAAGACAAGGCUGAGACAUAGCAAGGGAAAUGUUGACUUACCAGCAUUUCUUUUUAGUUUAAUCAAUUAGAUCAUCAGUUGUCCAUUAAUAAACCAUCAAUCCUAUUUAUUUCUAACAUAAAGAUUUUAUCCACAAUUCAACAUUUCCGUGCAAAAUAGCCUCCCUUUAAUUCAUGCAUAUUGAUUCAGGACCGGGAAGAGAUAGAGCAGAACACUGGAAACUGUGUGACAGUCUUAAUAAUGGUUUAUUAAAUUUCUUCCUUGCGCGCCUGUGGUCACUGAGCAACCAGUUUAGCUGCAGCACCAACUCAGUGACACAUGAUGUCUCUUUAUUUCAUUGUAUGAAUCUGUCUAUAGAGUAAAACCGAUGUGAAAAAGUUUA